AUGGACUACGAGUCCUUCUCUCCGCCGGCACCCAAGGCGGAGCCCAGGUGGGCCGACGAGGAUCCCUUCCACCACGACUUCCGCCGCUCUCACAGGUACCAGCCAGAGAGAGAAGUGCGCGACAGAGACAGAGACAGAGAAAGACGCGAAGACUACUACAGCCGCCGCCGUCACCCUUCCCCCGGCGCUGCAAACAUAGACAGAUACAUCCCGGGCCAACAAGAUGGAUCGUCGGCUUCCUUGACUUCUUCCUCUUCUUCAAAGCCCGUGCCGCGCUCAAACCCCAUCCCGGCGCCCCUCACCCUAGACUACCAGGUCGGAUUCAACUACUUCGCCGAGUGGUGGCGCACGGAGAACGCCAUCAAGGAAGAGAAAGAACGGGUCAGACAUGGCCUGCCUCCCUCCACCAGACGGGUCAAGGGCGAGAGAGAGGCCAGGGAAGACAGGGAGCGCGAGCGCGCCCAGAUACAGACCGCCUACGACGCCUACAAGGCAGACCUGCAGAUGAAGCUCGCCAGGCAGUUUGUCCAGAUGCACAGGGCUGAAGAGUGGUUCAGAGAGCGCUACGUCGCUGACAUACGUGACCCCUUCAGACAGAGACUCGCCCAGUUCCGGGUCUCCGCAUAUGACCAGUGGUGUGCUGACCUCGCAUCGGGUGUCUUUGACGAGUUCACCCUCGAGGGUAUCUACAAGAGCGAAAGUGAUGGAGCCGGAGGCAUAGUCGAGAAGGAAGAAGGCGAAGCAACGGCCGUCGGUGAGACGCUGGGAGUCCUGGACCUGGUGCCUGCGCGGGGGGCCGAUCUCAGAGACGACUCCAUCCUCCAGCCGGCCCUGCUCAUCAAGACCCUCGCCCCCAAUGUCAGUCGCGAGAAGAUAGAAGAGUUUUGCAGAGAGCAUCUCGGUGAAGUCGACGGCGGGUUCAAGUGGCUCAGCCUGAGUGAUCCCAACCCUUCAAAGAAGUACCAUCGCAUAGGCUGGAUCAUGCUGCAUCCAACAUCUGCAGACGACGCCGCUGCUGCCACCGUCGUCGACCGAGGAGACGGGCGAGACGAAGAAGUAGAGGAAGAAGAAGGGGAAGAAGGGGAGAUGGAUACCGAAAGGACAGGCCAGAAGAAUACAUCUUCUACUGCUGCUGCUUCACAGUCCCUCGCCGAGCGCGCCCUGGAAGCCGUCAAUGGCAAGACCAUCACCGAUCCCGUCAGAGGCGACUUUGUCUGCCAUGUCGGUGUCCAUGUCCCGCCCGCCAACCCGCGCAAGAAGGCCCUCUGGGACCUCUUCUCCGCCCCCGAGCGCAUAGAACGAGACCUCGAUCUUGCGCGCAGGGUCGUCGCCAAGUUCGACGCUGCCAUGGACGCCGCAGAUGGCAUGACCAGGAUAGAAGAGCGGGUAGAAGACCUGCGCGGCAAGGGCUGGCUCCAGCCCCCCGUCAGCGGGCCAGUCAGAGUCAAACACAACAGCAGCAGCAACAACAAUAACAACAACAACAGCCAUCUCGACCCAGAAGCAGACAUGAUCCUCCUCGACGACGGGGAUACACCUGGUAAAAUGGAAGAAGACGGUGAAGACGCAGACCUCGAUGACUCCGACGAGAUAGACACAGAAGACCUGCUCGCAAAGAAGAAAACCCUCGAUCUCACCGUCGAAUACCUCCGCCGCGUCCACAACUUCUGUCUCUACUGCGUCUUCGAGUCCGAUUCCGUCCACGAGCUCGUCCGCAAGUGUCCCGGCGGCCACCUGCGCCGUCCUCGCUCCGGCCUCUCCACCCACGCCAAAUCAGCCGCCCGUGCAAGCGCGAUAGGCGCCCCCUACCCUUCCAAAAAGGACUCCACCAACAACACAUCAGCCGCCGCAGCCGCCGGUCACAACAACAACAACGACGAAGAGGAAGAAGGAGAAGCUCCCGCCUCGCCCGCAGAGGAGAAGAAACCGCCGCGCUUCUCGUCCAAGAGCGAACAGCAGAUAUACCGCGCUUUCAACUGGGUGCGCACCUUUGAGGAUAAGCUCAUGCAGAUCCUUGAGCCAGAGAAUGUAGAUCUCAAGAAGCUCGGAGGCAAACCCGUCGACGAAGCCGUCGAAGAUGAACUCGCUCGCUUCGUCAAGCAGGAGGACGAAUCCAAGUUCCGCUGCAAGGUGCCCGAGUGCACCAAGCUGUUCAAGGCGCAUAACUUCUGGCGCAAGCACGUCGAGAAGCGUCACGAGGAGUGGUUCGCCGAGAUAAAGCACGAGCUCUCCCUCGUAAACGCCUACGCCCUCGAUCCAGCACACAUCUCACCCACUCGCUCCGACGCAGCUAGCAACGGCCACUUCCCCUUCCCCCCAGGCCACAUACCCGCCGGCACCCCGCGCGGAUUCAACUACAACACCAUGCCCUUCAUCUCCAACACUGCCUCCUUCAACGGCAUGUCCGUGGCCAACCACGCUGCCGGCUCUAACCCUAUGCUCAACAUGCUCCCGCACGACGGCCUGCAUCACCACCAGCACCAUCCAGGCGUCAUCCGGCGCGGCGCUGGGCGCUACGCUCACUCCCAUCGCUCUGGACCCUACGACCGCAGAACAGCACGGCAUCCCAUGUCCGGUCCUCCAGGGGCAGGUCGGUUGUCCCCCUCUCGCUCGAUGUUCGGGCGUGUCUCCAUGCCGAUUCCAGCAGGACAUCCGGCCACGGCGCUCAUGGGUGCUGGUGCAGCAGGUGUGCCGGGCGGACGAUGGGAUGCAGCCGCCCAGCAGGCGAUGGGGCCCAAGGAGGCCGUGCAGGGCCGGAGCUUGAAGAGUUACGAGGAUCUCGAUGCCGUCGGGGGUGCUGGCGGAGGAGAACUCAACUAUUAA